UGCUGGAUCCUGAAUGGUGGGUGCCCUUUAGAUGGGCGUCCAUGGCUGCGUGCAAGCUUAGGAAACAGACCCGGGCUUCUUUGCGUUAAUGAGCGGGUUUCAUCAGUUCCCAACUCGCACGCAACAUCACAUCACAAAUGUUCCUUGCUUCCUCGCCAAUACAGGCACAAAUCCAUUCCUCAUGCCUAAAAACGACCUGCACCCACAUGCUUCCUGCACUACUGCACUGGAACAAGCGAUAUUCCAAGCCAAAGACAGACGGCCAGCAUGGCAUCACGUCCGUCGUCCGGCGGCGACGCAGAGGCGCCGCUGCUGGCGGCCAACGGCAGCGGCAGUGGCGCGCCGACGGCGCCGGCUCCGGCUCCGUCGACGACCGUCGUCAGCAAGGCGCUGAGCAGCACGGCGGACCUCGCCAAGCACCUCCCGACGGGCGCCGUGCUCGCCUUCGAGAUGCUCUCGCCGUCCUUCACCGCCGACGGCACCUGCAACGCCGCCAACCGCGCGCUCACGGGCUGCCUUAUCGGCGCCUGCGCGCUCUGCUGCUUCGCGCUCUGCUUCACCGACAGCUACCGCGAUGCCGCCACGGGUGCCCUGUGGUACGGCUUCGUCACGCCCAGCGGCCGCCUGCUCCCCGUCGAGGGCGGCGGCGGGUCGACGCCGCCGCCGCGGGACGAGAGGUACCGGCUGACCGCGCGCGACGUCUUGCACGGCCUGCUCUCGUUCACGGUGUUCCUGGCCGUCGCCAUGGUAGACCGCAACGUGGUGGCGUGCUUCUACCCCGUCGAGUCCGCCUCCACGAGGCAGCUGCUGGCGGCGGUGCCGGUGGCGGCCGGCGCCGCGGGGAGCUUCCUCUUCGCCAUGUUCCCGUCCACGCGCCGGGGGAUCGGCUUCCCCGUGGGCUCGUCGUGAUGAAAUACGUCGUCGGGUUGGUUGAUCAUGGCGUCGUGCACUUCAUUGGCCUGAAAUCGCUGAGAUCAUCUCGAAUUUUUUUAGAACCAUUUGAACAGACUGUUCAUGGGGUUCUCAAAUAAAACAAAAAGGAUACCGGCGGCUGCACGUAAAUCGGAAAUCUCUGUUUUACCGCUGCUGGUGCCGGUACAUUUGAAAUUGAUUUAUCUUUAUGGCU